CAAUUUAAUCUAUUUCCUCUUUCUAUCUCUCUCUCUUAAGGGGAUGUGCUUUUUCAGAUGGCGGAGGUUCACAGACAGAUCCAGAUGCAGCUAGAGGACAUGCUGAAAUCAUUCCACAAUGAACUGCUCACAGAACUGGAGAAAAAAGUGGAAUUGGAUGUUCGCUACUUAAAUGCAGCUCUGAAGAAAUAUCAGAUGGAACACAAAAGCAAAGGAGAGAGUCUGGAGAAGUGCCAGGCCGAACUGAAGAAACUGCGCAGGAAGAGUCAGGGCAGCAAGAACCCCUCCAAAUAUGGAGACAAGGAGAUGCAGUUUGAACAUACAGCUUUGAACACACUCGAGAGAGAAUGAGAAAAUUAAACAUGAGCAUGUAUGU